CAGCGAAUGGUUUCACCGUUGCGCCAUCAGCGCUUUUCUGGAGCGCCGCCUUGAUGGAGGACGUGAAAUACCACAUCCUCUACUGGGAGGGCGAAAGUCCCCAUGGCAUCUUUCUCGAGACCGAGAGGGAGCUCACCGCCCAGAGCCGGAAGCGCGACGGUCCCGGGCGCUGCUUCUGUUGUGGCCACGUCGCCGACAGCUGGAGGCACCGCAUGGACAACAUGCAGAUCUCGUUGCGGCUCUGUGAGGAUCCCAACGGGAAGCACUUCCGACAGGAUGUAGAUGGCUUCCACCUGCUAUCUCCCAAGAUGGGAAUCUCCUACCACCUGAGUGAUUUCGGCAACUACCUAUGGUCCAUGGACGAGAAGUGCCCCACCGAAAAUCACAUCAUCGGCACGGCGCUGAAAGUCCUGAAGAAGGAGGUGUUACCAACGACCUGUGGGGUGAAGGUGUCGACAUGGAAUACUGCAGAAGGCUGGCAGAGAUGGCUGGAAGACAAGGUCUGUGAGUUGCGCACGGGAGCCGAACAACGUGGCGGCGUGAGCGUAGGACUGAUUUUGGAUAAAGAUGGCUUCGAGGUGGGUUCCUGUGGCAUCUCCCAUCCCUACUUCGCCCACGCAACGGAGAAGCCCAUCCGGGAGAUCCUGGUGGCGCUCGGCGGGCCGGGAGGCAUCGACGAUGCGGUCAUGAAGGUCCUGGAGCAGCGCGGCGAUGGUCAUGGACUCCACCUGGGCUUGAUGCGAGUGAAGCUGCCAGGCGGCCUGCACCACUCCUGUGUGGCGCUGAAUGACUUGCUGCAGUUCCAUGACAAAGGCUACUUGUAUCCCAUCAUGGAAGACAACCGUUUCCUCCGGAACUCCUACCAGAAGUGGAGAACUCAUCUCAGCAGAGCCGUGAGUGCCUGGGCUGAGCCCGGGUCUUCGGCGGAGGAGAAGACUGAGGCCUUGCGGCACUUCAUCCGCAACUUCCAGUCGCAGCAAACGGCGAAGCAUGCGAAGAACGGGGACGCGUGGAAGGGGUUCACUUGGCCCCAGGUCGUGGCGGCUCCGGCCACCUACGUGGCCACCGUCAGGGACGCCGAGAACUAUGUGAGCCGCCUGCAAGCGCAUGGCACCCUGCCUUCAGGAAAGUGGCCCUUUCGGCUGCGCGGCUGUUUGGAGAGCAUUGAGCCUGGCAAAGCCAUAGACAUCCUUCGGGUCGUUCAGUUGAAGAAGGUGGAAGCGCUGUGCAAGGGUUAUGAUUAUGACCCAUGGCACGAGCUCUGCGAGGAUCUGGACGCCGCCAUCGCCGCGGCGGCCUUGGCGCCGCGGCCCGCGCCGCCGCGCGCACCGGCGCCGACGCCGAAGGACGUGCAGACGCUGCUGGUGCAGUGCUGGGAGGGCCUCGAGCGGUUCGAGACGAAGGAGGACGAAGGCCGUCCUCCAGGUGCGACGCAGCUGGAAUUGGGCGCCUUGAACCGUUUGAGCUGCAGAGAUGCCAUGCUGAUGCUGAAUCGCCUCAGGGCCCAGAAGCCCCAUGUUCUCCAAAAAAGGCCGGCGGAUGCCAGGUCCACCGCAGGCUUGGCGCAGCAUGCGGCGAUGUUUCAUGCGUUGCGUUCGGGGCGCUCGGGGAUGCAGCUCCACUCCGCACUGCUAGGCAUGCUAGAACGGAAAGGGCAACGUCAGAAGCGAACUCGGGCCAGUGGAAGCCGGCAGAAGACAAGAGCCAGCAUUGGCAACAGCAGCGAGGCCGAGCGGAAGACAACAGCCAGCAUUGGCAACAGCAGCGAGGCCCCGAAGAAGACAACAGCCAGGAUUGGCCACAGCAGCGGGGCCGAGCGGAAGACAACAGCCGGCAUCGGCAACAGCAGCGAGGCCCCGAAGAAGACAACAGCCAGGAUUGGCCACAGCAGCGGGGCCGAGCAGAAGACAACAGCCAGCAUUGGCCACAGCAGGGAGGCCCCGAAGAAGACAACAGCCGGCAUUGGCCGCAGCAGGGAACCCUCGCAGAAGAGAAGAGCCACCGUUGGCCACAGCAGCGGGGCCGAGCAGAAGACAACAGCCAGCAUUGGCCACAGCAGGGAGGCCCCGAAGAAGACAACAGGCGGCAUUGGCCACAGCAGGGAGGCCCCGAAGAAGACAACAGCCGGCAUUGGCCACAGCAGAGAGGUCCCGAAGAAGACAACAGCCAGGAUUGGCCACAGCAGCGGGGCCGAGCGGAAGACAACAGCCAGCAUUGGCCACAACAGGGAGGUUGGAGCUGGAGCUGGCGCAGCAGUUGGCACAGCAACUGGGAGGAUGACGGCGACGACGAUCAGGUGCCGAUAGGCCAGUGGAGAAACCGCUGGCCAUCAGAGCCGCUUUGUCCUGCGCCAGGGCCGGCCCAUCCCCCACCAUCAAAUCCGCGGCCGUCGGAGCCAUCAUAUCCACCAAUGCGCCGGACGCCCGCGCCGCCGCCAUCCCCGCCGCAAGUCCGGCGCC